AGAUAAAUUGUCUUUGUCCAAAAUAAAAAGCAUGGCUUGUAGUUCAGUGUCUCUAGUUCCUCACCCACUAUCAAGAAAGCGGCAAAAAGAAGAACAUAAAUAGAUAUUGGCUUUCUCUGUUAUCAUGCUGCUCUUUGAGGCAGGAGUGUCCUCAUCCUCCUCUUCCUUGGGCUUGGAGAAUCAGAUCUUCCAAUACAUUGAUCUUCAUCAAAAUGAAUUUAUUCAGACCCUUAAGGAAUGGGUAGCCGUGGAGAGUGAUUCUAUUCAACCACGGCUAAGACAAGAAGUAACACGAAUGGUGGAAUUAACAGCAGACAGGCUUCGAGCUUUGGGAGCCACUGUUGGGUUAGUGAAGUUGGGCUCCCACAAGCUGCCUGAUGGCCAGAGCCUUCUGUUACCGCCUCUAAUUCAAGCAGAACUUGGUAAAGAUCCACAAAAACCCACUGUAUGUUUCUAUGGACAUGUGGAUGUACAACCUGCCAAAAAAGAAGAUGGAUGGAAAACUGACCCCUACACACUGACUGAAACUGACGGAAAUCUUUAUGGGCGUGGAGCAACAGAUAACAAAGGACCUGUCUUAGCCUGGAUAAAUGCAGUGGAUGUAUUCAGAGCACUAAAAUUAGACAUGCCAGUAAACCUCAAGUUCAUUAUUGAAGGUAUGGAAGAAGCAGGAUCUCUUGGACUAGAGGAAUUAAUUAAGAAAGAAAAUCAGCAUUUUUUUUCUGAUGUUGACUAUAUUGUGAUUUCGGAUAACCUUUGGCUUAGCAACAGGAAACCAGCCCUCACCUAUGGGACUCGGGGAAACCUCUGCUUCUCCGUGGAGGUACAGUGUGGGGAGAGAGAUCUUCAUUCAGGAAGUUUUGGAGGCAUCAUUCAUGAACCAAUGACCGAUCUAAUAGCUCUGCUUGAUAGCCUUGUGGAUACAACAGGUCGUAUUUUGAUCCCUGGAGUCUAUGAUAAUGUUGCUUCCCUUAUGGAAGAGGAGAAGAAGUUGUAUGAAGCAAUUGAAUUUGAUCUAGAGGAACAUAAAAAUAAUAGUGGUGUGAAAAAAUUCCUAUAUGACACUAAGGAGGAAGUACUUAUGCACCUGUGGCGUUACCCCUCUCUCUCUAUUCAUGGGAUUGAAGGAGCUUUUCAUGAACCAGGAAUAAAAACAGUUAUACCCGCAAGAGUAAUAGGAAAAUUUUCAAUCCGGCAAGUCCCUUACAUGGACAUUUCAGUCGGAGAACGUCAGGUGAUACAAUAUUUAGAGGAUGUAUUCUCUAAGAGAAACAGCCCAAACAAACUGAAGGUGUCUGUGCCAGUAAGUGCAAUGCCAUGGGUUGCUGACAUAAAUUCUCCUCUUUAUACAGCAGCAAGAAGGGCAAUCAAAACAGUUUUUGGACAAGAUCCAGAAAUGAUCCGGGAUGGUUCAACAAUUCCUAUUGCCAAAACGUUCCAGAAUAUAACAAGGAAGAGUGUGAUGAUGCUUCCAAUUGGAGCAGCUGAUGAUGGGGAACAUUCCCAAAAUGAGAAAAUAAGCAGGCACAAUUACAUUCAAGGAACAAAACUGUUUGCAACCUUUUUCUUGGAGAUUGCAAAGCUGCAUGGACAGUUACAGGAAGCGUCCAACACGACUACUACAAACUGAUGGAUCCUGGCAAGACAAUAAGCUAUACACCUGUGUAUUGGCUUAAGUAGUCUAACCUCCUUCUUUACUACUCUGGAGAAACAUGUACAAACAAUAAAAUAUUUAGAAGUGCACCACAUGUCUGAAACUGUUGAAAAAUUAAAUGCCGCUACUGCUUGCAACACGCUCUAACUAGCAUAUAGACAGUGUUUAACCAAAUCAAGUGAUUUCUUGCGCAAUACAAUUGGAUCAAAGGAGCCUCAUGCUCAUUGAAUGGAAUGUUUCCAUUUGUAACUUUAGCCGAGGGGGCGGUGUUUGGAACAGGAAACACAGUUUGUGUUAUUAAAGUUUACUUAUUUCCAGACAUGAGCCAGGUCAGCCGAUAGUUGGGGGGUACAGUGAGGGCAGCUGGCUUCAGCAGUGUUACUGAGCAUGCUCAGUCCAUUUGAGCAUGCUCAGUACAAGCCAAGCAGCAAAUCUGGGGUGGGAAAGCAUGUGACCCUGCAUGCCCCCCCUGUCCCAUAUUACUGCUGCUUAUUUGCAGUUUGGCAAAGAUCGUAUUGCUUUGUUCACAUUCCAAUUCCUGAACAAAGGCUCCUUCAUAGUAUCCCUUCUUUCCUUUUGGCUAUGUAUGAAUUUUUUAUCAGAUGAUUUGCUGAAAAAUAUUUCACCAUAUUAACCUCUUGCCUGGUCACUUUUCCUAUGCAAAAAACUGGAAAUAAGAUGAAUAUGCCAUCACGAUCAAUUUGUCAAACUCAGUGCAAAGAAUAUCCCAGUCCUGAAAUCUCUCAUUCUCGUGAGCAGUCCCUCUGAAGUCAAUGGAGCUUCUCAGGUGAAAAGAGAUUUGCCGGUUUGGAUCCUGCCUCUUUCUCUGGUUAAUCCUAUUCUCUUUCCAUUUUGCUGUUUGUCAUUAAAGUUUGCUGUGUAUUAUUCUCCUCCUUAAUGUGACUUUAUUUUUAUACACCAAGCAUGAAGUCACUCAUGAAUAUCUUUUCAGACUGAUAGUGUAUCACCUGAAUAGGUGUUUUACUCCCAAAUCAACUGAUUCUAAAUUGUCAUCACUUUUAAAGCAUUAAUUUUAGAUUAAGAACAAAUUAAAAACUAAGACAAGUGAUGUGUGUUGAAACUGCAUUUACAUAUAUGAGAGAAUAAAUUUUGUUAGAUUUUUUUUUUUGUUAAACCUCUGGAAAAACUUACAUGAGAAAGACAGACAAGAUUGUGUGUCUAGUUCAAAUCUGUAUCUGUGUCAAAUCAAAAUGGGAAUGAUUUUGGCCACAUAGUUAGUUUACACAGAAACAGAAUGAUCAAUCUGGUUUGAAACAACUGAAAUAGUGAGAGAAAAGAACUAUAUUUUGUGCAACGAUGUUAUUCUUGGCGACAUUAUCCCUACUGUCAAAAAGAUUAAAUAAUUAAUAAAUAAUGGCAACUGACCUCUCUUCUUUUUUUAUCCUGCAUAAUAAUGAGAACAAGGAAAGGGCAGAAAGUUUGGAACCAAUAAAUGGAAAUGCUUUGUAAUAGUUAACCUGUGGAAUCAGCCGCUGCAAAAGGACAUCAGGAUAAAUGCUACAGCGGAAUUUUUAAAAAGUUGAACUAAUUUCUCAUUUGUAGUUGUGCAAGAGACUCCUCUCUGCUUCUGGGAACACUUUGUGCAAGUUCUCCACCCUCCAAUGCAGAAGUGUUACCACCUCCAAAAAUAUUCUGAUGGAAAAUGCCUGAUAAGAUCUAGUAAAUAGUGUUAUUGGGGCACUAUAUAGCACUGUUACACAUAGAGGUGCAAGUUUUGGUUUUUUUUAAGCCUGUCAGCAGUAUAUCUGCCAGGUCAAUACUGGUAAAAGAAGGCCUCUCUGGGGAUACAUAAGCUGUAUAAAUAUUUUCCACUUUUACAAGCAGCAAGAAGGGCAGUGCAGUGACUUUCUCCAGACUUGACCCCCUAUUGCUUCCUGUUCUUCCUGUCUA